GUCUGGGCUCGUUUGUUUCAUCGCGCUUCCUGGUCCGUGGACGAUUCGCCGGACCGCUGCUGAACGAAAGAAGAACAGAAUCCCAGUGCCCUGCCCGGUGGCCCUACUGCUGAGACUCAGAAGAAGAAGAAAGAAAGAAGAUAUACCCGGACUCUUUACGGUCGUCGCCACCAUGACUGAGGUUUCGUCCACCCGGCUCUACCUGGGGAACCUCCCUCGAAAUGCUACCAAGGCCGAUGUCGAGGCUCACUUUGCGACCCACGGCACCGGAGAGAUUACCGAAGUGAAGCUUAUGAACGGUUUCGGAUUCAUCGAGUAUAAGGAUGCUAUGGAUGCUCGCGACGUCGUUCCAGCUUUCCAUGGAUCCGACUUUAUGGGAGAACGCCUCACCGUCCAGUUUGCCCGUGGAGCUCGACACCGAGAGGGCGGCAUGGGGCACGAGCGUGCGCCGCCGCGACCGCGUAGAACUCCUCACCGAAUGCAGAUCACGGGACUUCCCAAUGAUACCAGCUGGCAGGACCUUAAAGAUUUCGCCCGUCAAUCAAGCCUUGAUGUGGUGUACUCUGAGACAGGCCGCGACUCCAAUGGCCGAGGCUUUGUCGAAUUCGAGACUGCUGCAGAUCUGAGAACAGCCGUUGAAAAGCUUGACGGCCGUGAGUUCAAGGGCGCCCGUGUCCAGUGCCUUGUUGACACUCAACCCGACAUGCCCCCGCGGGAUCCCCGUGCCCGAUCUCGUUCACCUGGACGUAGGCCAUACCCACCGCCGCAGUUUGAUAACUAUGACCGCCGAGGCGGUCCUCACCGAGGUUACAACCGCGAAGGCGCUGCACCAUCGUAUGGCUACCGUGACAGAAGCCCUCGCCGUGAAUACUAUGACGACCGGGCUCCGCGCUAUCGUUCACCUCCUCGCCGGCCCGUGGAAGAUUACCCGCCCCCUCGAGGUCGCUACGAUGAGCCUUACCGCCGCGAUUAUCCCCCGCCUCCUGCCGAUCCGUAUGCAAAUGGCGGUCGACCUGCCUAUGACCGGCCACCAAGAGACUUUCCUCCCAGAGAGCCAGCAUACCCUCGAGAAGGAUAUGCGCGAGACUACGAUCGUGGUGGGCGCUACUGAUGACCUACCACAAACGGACUUAUCAAUUCGAAAAGUUGGGGCGUAUGGUUUGCAGAGGCUGGGUAUUACGGGACUUGUAUCUAGUGUGGAAGGUUGGGGAGUUUGGACUUAUCAACGAGCAGCUUUGCUAUUUGCUAUUUCGAUACGAGUGGACACCGGACGAUGAGGCUCUUGACGAUCAGAAUGAAUAUGGGACAGCCAUUGACAGAAUGGAAGGGAUCUCCGGGAACACAUGAUAUCACAUGGGAGGCAAGAAGAGUCAGGCUGUACGAUUAACGGGAUUUAUGUAUGGUUCAUUGAUUUUGCUUUUUUUUUAAUUUACUGCUUUUUAUUUCUUAGUUAUACAUAACAUUUUUGCAUCCAAACGUUCUCAACCCAUAUACGACGUGCUAUUCGAACAGCAACAGAAAGAAACUGAAAGAAACAAAGAACCGAAAUGAAUCAAGAAAACAUCAUCAACAUGAGGAAUAUGGCAUUAAAAGAGUUGCUUGCAAGCAGCUCAGCGUUGGCGACCGUCACAACGCGAGAGGUAGUCGCUGUUAGUAUUAUACACAAACCGUCCUCUUGGCUCAUACAUGUAUAUACAUGUGUGUAUAUCUCCACCAGUUCAAGGAAACAUGUCGCUCAUUUCCAGGAAGAAAACCAAAAGUAUUUGAUGAAAGGAUGUUUGCUGAAGCCGACAAAUAUGUGUAUAUCAAGGGGAGGUUUUCUUCCCCAAUGUGAUUCCUUUCGGACAUGUUCUUUUUGAAAACACCAUAUUACUGCCUUUUAGGCGGCGGUCUUCUUCCACUGGGAGUAAACGCCGAUUACACUGCUGACUGUUCCGGCCAGGCCGACGAAGCCGUCGUCGAAGCCGACCCAGUUGAGGGCGGCGAAGGGGACGGUCAAGUCGCAGACGUCGGAGACGAGCUGGAGGCGGCUGGCGAAGCGUUCCUUUAGGAUUUGCUUGCUCUCGACAACGCCCUCGCCAUCCUUGCGGUCAAUCUUGGCCUCGCGCUCCUUCAGCCUGUACAGCGUAUACAGCUGCGCCGCGACGCUGAAGACCAGCCCCAUGGCCCAGAAGCGAUAGGCAUGCUGCGUCAGCGUCUUUGCGGCGGACCACUUGCGGAUGCCGGCGGCGUCGCCCACGGUCAGCAUGUCAAACGACAGGUAGCCCGCGUAGCCAAUCUGGCGGCCGACGGCGGCGUAGCGCAAAAAGGGCUCGAGGGUUUUGGCGUCGGCGGCCUGGGCGGCGGCCUUUACGUGCUCGAGGUUCUUGCCGACGCGCAUGAUUUUGCGGGCGAGGCCAAACUGCUUCUUGAUGGCGUUCCAGGGGGCCAUUUGCGAGGGCGUGCCGUUGGUGCGCAGGAGGUACCAGGCGUAGAAGCGGGCAAAGUACUGGAGCGUGCGGAGGAUCUUGUCACGGCCGACGGUGGUGGCGACGAAGCGGAGGUAGUGAGCCACCGAGGGGUGGU